GGACUGGAGAGAGAAGGGAUAUGUCUCCAGUGUGAAGAAUCAGGGUGCAUGUGGUGCUUGCUGGGCAUUCAGCGCCGUUGGGGCUCUUGAAGGUCAGCUGAUGAAGGCCACAGGAAAGCUGGUUGACCUCAGCGCUCAGAAUCUGGUGGACUGUUCCUCCAGUUACGGCAACAAGGGCUGCAAUGGUGGAUGGAUGACUGAUGCCUUCCAGUAUGUUAUUGAUAAUGGGGGAAUAGACUCAGAAUCGUCUUACCCUUAUAAAGGAGUGCAAGGGCCGUGCAGAUAUGAUCCAUCCCAGCGUGCAGCAAACUGCACCAAGUAUUAUUACGUCAGUGAAGGAGAUGAGGAGGCCCUGAAGCAAGCUGUUGCCAACAUCGGGCCCAUUUCAGUGGCCAUUGAUGCCACCCGCCCUCAGUUUGUCUUUUAUCGCAGUGGAGUUUACAAUGAUCCAUCCUGCACCAAAAAGAUAAACCAUGGAGUUUUGGCUGUGGGAUACGGUGCGAUUGCUGGACAGGACUUUUGGCUGGUCAAAAACAGUUGGGGUGCUGGAUUUGGAGAUGGUGGCUACAUCCGUAUGGCCAGAAACCAGAACGACAUGUGUGGCAUCGCCUUAUACCCAUGCUAUCCGGUUAUGUAGCUGAAAUCCUGUUGAAAUUGUGAAUAUAUCAAAGUAUUUUAUAAUCUUAUUUCUUAACUGUAAAUGUGUUAAAUAUGUUUUU